AUGGCUACCAACAACAUCGUCAUCCUCGGAGCCGGAGUUAGCGGGUUGACUACCGCAUUUCUCCUGUCUAAGGACCCCUCCAACUCGAUUACCGUGGUUGCGAAGCAUAUGCCUGGGGACUAUGAUAUCGAAUACUGUUCCCCAUGGGCCGGUGCUAACUACUUCCCAGUCGGGAAGCCAGGCAGCAAGCAUGCAGAAUAUGAGAAAGCCACCUGGCCAGUCUUGAAGGAACUGACGGAAAAAUACCCCGAUGCCGGUAUUCACUUCCAAGAUGCCGUUACAUACAGCCGUAAGAAGGACCAACAAUCCACUAGUGGCAAGUGGAUGUCCGAACUUGUCUCGGAGGAACCCUGGUACAAGGACGUCGUCCCAAACUUCCGCAAAGUUCCUGUGGACCAGCUCCCUCCCGGCAUUAACAAUGCCUCUCGUUUCCAGUCUGUCUGCAUCAACACGGCCGUCUACUUGCCAUGGCUAGUUAGCCAAUCCCGCAAGAACGGAGUAGUCUUCAAGCGAGGUGUCUUCAAGCACGUUGCAGAUGCCGCGAAUGCACACCACUCCGGGAAUAAGGCGGAUCUCGUCGUCAACUGCACGGGUCUUUCGUCCAAGUUCCUGGGCGGAGUCAAAGAUGACAAGCUAAUGCCCGCCAGAGGCCAAGUUGUGGUUGUGCGCAACGACUCUGGCAUCAUGGCCUCAACUUCUGGGACCGACGAUGGAGAAGAUGAGUUGGUGUACAUGAUGACCCGGGCAGCAGGUGGUGGUACAAUCCUUGGAGGCUGCUACCAGAAGAACAACUGGGAUCCGCUCCCAGACCCUAACCUCGCAAUCCGGAUCAUGAAGCGUGCCAUCGAAGUGCGCCCCGAACUUGUCGGUAAGGGCCAGGGCAUUGAAGGAUUAGAUGUCAUUAGACACGGUGUCGGACUGCGUCCGUUGAGGGACGGUGGACCGCGCAUCGAAGCCGAAAACAUGAACGGAUUGGUGGUUGUGCAUAACUAUGGCCAUGGCGGGUUCGGUUAUCAGGCGUCGUACGGCUGUGCCACGGCCGCAGUAAACCUGGUCAAUGCAGCCCUGAAGAAGAAAGAUAAGGCCAAGCUGUGA